UGGUGGGUCCACGCAUGCGCCCUGACCUGUGUUGCCGCAUGUCUCCCGCCGUCCGGACUCCACAUGAUAUUAUCCAGCUUGUUGUGUGCGCGGGGGUAGUUUUUUAGCGUGCGGUGGUGCGGGGGCGUCGGGGCCGAGCGGGCAGCAGCGGUGUAAGGGAGCGAGGCGGGACGCGGCCUCCGUAGGACAGCUUCCGAGGUGCACAAGUCGGCUCUCUUUGCUGCGUGUCUGACCCGCCCGCAGACCGCCUCUCUCGGCAGCCUCAAAGCCCAUCACACGGGCCGGACCCUUACCGCUCACCUCAUCUCCCGGGGACCCUCCGCCCAGCGUGUACCACCUGUACCACCCGCCCGCCCGCCGCCACACCCGCGCCUCCCGCCCACCACCCCCGAACCUUCCUCCCGCCCGCACACAAUUUACCUUUGAGAUAAAUACACUUGUCACCGCGCCAGGGGAGGGGCGGGGGCCCGGGGAGCCAGGGAGUGUUGCGAGCGGCGGCGUGAGUGUGUGUGUGUGUUGCGGCGUGCGUGCGGGGAUGGCCAGCGGGUCGCCCCUUGUCGCCACUCGCCACUCUUGCCCAACGCGGCGCGGGAAGUGACGGCGCGAACCUUCUCGGAAGUGACAUAGUGUUCCCGUGAAUCAGAUCCUGUGACGGGGAAGUAAAGAGGCGACGGAAGGGAGCGGCGACCACUCCCUUGAGGAGCGCGCCGCCAUAACCACACUGCGGGGUGUGCGUGUGCGACGACAGGCACUGACGGAGGCGCUGAUGGGAACGUUACUUUCCACAGAACAGCACAGCACAUCACAGCACAGCACAGCACAACACAACACAGCACAGCGUUAGAGUGAGAGGAAGGUGAGGCAUGUGUCGCGGCUGUGUCACGAUGUACUACCGCUCCUCGCCGUGGCAGGACCAGCACGCCAGCACAUCACCUUCCUGGAAAUGAAGACGAGCUUGCCAUAGCGUCCUGGUGAGGCCACACAGGAGCCGCGCCAGUGACAGUGCCAGAUCAGUGCAAAGCCAGUGCCAGACCAGUAGUGGAUCAGUGUGGCGGGUCGCGGCGGCGCAUCAAAGCGGUGGGCCGAGUGAAGGGAGGAAUGAGCGGGGCCGCGCGGGGAGCAGCGACCACCAGGCAGUGACGCCCCCACCCUCGCGCCGCAGCCUCUCCUGCUCCCGCUGCGCCAGGAGGUCGACGAUGAGGUUCGGGGGGCGGGGGAGGGCGGGGGCCUGCCACCUUCUGCCGUGGGCCGCCCUCCUGCUCCUCUGCGCCGCUGCUACAACCGCGGAACUCAAGCGGCGGGAACCCAAGUGGUGGAGGAUAGCGAAGAUUGAGGACCCUUCCAAUCUAAUCAGCAACCACAUCAAGUCAAACUACCUAGGGGACCACGACCUGGACCCUGCCAUACGCCUCAUCCUUAGACGGAAACAGCGCCGCCUCCUUCGUGACAAUCCUGGGGCGCUGGUGGCCGUGGCGAAGGGAGCAAGGGCUGCCGUUCACGAAUGCCAGCACCAGUUUCGCAAUAGACGGUGGAACUGCUCGACGACAGUGUUCACCAGGAGAAAGACGCUGUUUGGGAAGAUUGUCACGAAAGCUUGUCGAGAGGUGGCCUUCCUGUUCGCCCUCACCUCUGCAGCAGUGACCCAUACAGUGACUAGGGCGUGUACAGAAGGCACCAUAGACUCUUGCAACUGUGACUACCGCGCCAAGGGUCCUAAAGGGCUGGACUGGGAGUGGGGCGGCUGCUCUGACAACAUCGAUUUCGGAAGCAAAUUUUCUCGGCUCUUCGUAGACGCAGGAAUGAAAGGAAGGGACCCGCGAUUCUCAGUCGAUCUUCACAACAACGAGGUCGGAAGAUUGCACGUGCGGGACAACAUGAGGAAGGAGUGUAAAUGUCACGGCAUGUCUGGCUCCUGCACUGUCAAGACCUGCUGGUGGCGCCUUCCCUACUUCAGGAGAAUCGGGGAUGUUCUCAAGGAUCGAUUCGACGGCGCCUCCAGAGUGUUAAUACGUAGCAAGGGCAACACAAGGACCCCCAACGCACGCCGCCCUAAUAUGAGGAGGAAGAACAAGAGGAGGAAGAGAAAGUCCCACCGCCUCUUUCGUCCUUACAAUCCUGACCACAAACCGCCCUCCAAAAAGGAUCUUGUGUAUCUGGACGAGUCCCCGGAUUUCUGCGUCAGGAACAGAAAAUUGGGCAUCAUCGGGACAAGAGGGCGAGAGUGCAACAGAACAAGCAUCGGUCUGGACGGCUGUGACUUGAUGUGCUGCGGGCGGGAACAUCACACACAGGUGGUUGAGGUGGAAGAGAGGUGUUCUUGUACCUUCCAGUGGUGUUGUGUGGUGAAGUGUAAGACGUGCAAGUAUAUGAGGACCGUUCACACCUGCUCUUAAUGACUCAGGUGUGCAGAGGUGCGUGGGAAGAUGAGGCAAGGUGACAUCAGGUGAGAUAAGGUGUGACAAGGUGUGAGAUGUGGAAAAAGUUAAAUGGUGAAGGUCCUCUUGUAGUUUACCUGUUCUUAGUGACUUUUUAAAGGUGACAGGUGAAGAAAAGACUGAUUACAGGUGUGAGGGGAGAGAGAUUGGAUAUUUCACACCUGUUGCUAAUGAUUUCCGUGACAGGUGUACUGGAGAGGGUCAAACAGGUGUGCUAGUGACUUUUGAAGAUGGCAGGUGUGUACGGAGAGAACUGACAGAUGAGUGAAGGAAAAUACAGACUUUUAUACCUGUUCUUAAUUACCUAAGGGCAACAGGUGUGAGAAAAAUAAGUCACGUGUGAAAAUACAAAACUACCUGUUACUAAUGACUUUAAAGGUGACAGGUGUGUGAAAGAGCCGCAGAUGUGGAAAGUAAAGCAGAAACACACAAACACACACACCUGUCCUUAAUGAUAUGGAGGUGACAGGUGUGUGAGAACUGAUAUGUUGACAGAUAACACACACAUUUGGUAUUAAUUAGUGUGACAGGUGUGCUAGAAAAGUCAAGGUAUGGAAAGGUAAUUGAGACACACCUGUUCUUAAUGAGUGAAGGUGAUGCG